UUGCGCCACUGGCCCGGUACGAGCAACUCCCUCGCUGUCAUGUAGAUUACCGCUUACGCAGUUUCAACAGGCUUGCCGACACUAGCGCUGCAAUUCUGCCGCAGAGCCAGCCUAGGGCUCCUUAGGCUCCUCCUUUCCCCUGCAAACCCGCUCCGCCAAUCCGCAGCGGCGACGUCAUUGCGCUCCAACCUUUUACGUGCGACGCGUCUCCUGCGUGCGCUAGUGUGCGCUCUAAGUUUGUCCACGGCCGCCUCCCGUCCGCUCGCUGGCCUGGCGGGGCGUGGGGAGGGGGUGGGACCAGGGCGCUGCGGCCGCCGCGCCAGGGUGACCGGUAGCGCCGAAGCCGAGGUGGCGACGCGGGGCGGGGCGGGCGGAGAGAGGAGGAAGGCGGUGGCGUUGCGGGAUGGCGGCGACAACUUAUGAGCGGCUGAAGCUGCAUAUCACAACUGAAAAAUUUUAUGUGGAAGCUUGUGAUGAUGGAGUGGAUGAUGUGCUUAUCAUCGACCGUGUGUCCACAGAGGUUACCCUCUCAGUCAAGAAAGAUAUUCCUCCUUCAGCUGUCACAAGACCAAUAUUUGGUAUCCUGGGCACAAUCCAUCUGGUGGCAGGAAAUUAUCUAAUUGUCAUUACCAAAAAGAUAAAAAUAGGUGAAUUUUUUAAUCAUGUAAUCUGGAAAGCAACAGAUUUUGAUAUUCUUUCUUAUAAGAAGACCAUGUUGCACUUAACUGAUAUUCAGUUACAAGAUAAUAAAACCUUCCUAGCAAUGAUAAACCAUGUCUUGAGUGUGGAUGGGUUUUACUUUUCAACCACAUAUGACUUGACCCAUACUUUGCAGCGUCUGUCCAACACUAGUCCAGAAUUUCAAGAAAUGAGUCUCUUGGAAAGGGCAGAUCAGCGGUUUGUAUGGAAUUGUCAUCUUCUGAGAGAACUUUCUGCGCAGCCAGAGGUCCAUCGGUUUGCUCUCCCAGUAUUACACGGCUUUAUUACUAUGCACUCGUGUUCUAUUAAUGGAAAGUACUUUGAUUGGAUUCUUAUCUCAAGGAGGAGUUGCUUCAGAGCUGGCGUGCGCUAUUACGUGAGAGGGAUUGAUUCUGAAGGCCACGCAGCUAACUUUGUAGAAACAGAACAAAUUGUGCACUACAAUGGAAGCAAAGCUUCAUUUGUCCAGACUCGAGGAUCAAUACCAGUUUUCUGGUCUCAAAGACCAAACCUCAAGUACAAACCACGGCCACAGAUCAACAAAGUAGCAAAUCAUAUGGAUGGUUUCCAAAGGCAUUUUGAUUCACAAUUAAUUAUUUAUGGAAAACAAGUCAUACUCAAUCUGGUUAACCAGAAGGGCUCAGAGAAGCCACUUGAACAGGCAUUUGCAACAAUGGUGUCCUCCUUGGGAAAUGGAAUGAUCAGAUAUAUUGCCUUUGACUUCCAUAAGGAAUGUAAAAAUAUGAGAUGGGAUCGACUAAGUAUUUUAUUGGAUCGGGUAGCAGAAAUGCAGGAUGAAUUAAGUUAUUUUCUAGUGGACUCUACUGGCAAGGUGGUGACGAACCAGGAGGGCGUGUUCCGCAGCAACUGCAUGGACUGUUUGGAUAGAACCAACGUGAUCCAGAGUCUGUUAGCUCGGCGCUCGCUUCAGGCCCAGCUGCAGAGACUAGGUGUUUUGCAUGUGGGACAAAAGCUUGAAGAACAAGAUGAAUUUGAGAAGAUUUACAAAAAUGCCUGGGCUGACAACGCAAAUGCUUGUGCCAAACAGUAUGCAGGAACCGGUGCCUUGAAGACCGACUUUACCAGAACUGGGAAGAGAACUCAGCUGGGACUUGUAAAGGACGGCUGGAACUCACUGAUUCGGUAUUACAAGAACAACUUUUCCGACGGAUUCAGACAAGACGCCAUAGACUUGUUUCUGGGGAACUACUCGGUGGACGAAUUAGAAUCUCAUAGUCCUCUAAGUGUUCCACGGGAUUUGAAAUUUCUGGCUUUGCCUAUUAUCAUGGUUGUGGCCUUUUCAAUGUGCAUUAUCUGCCUCCUUAUGGCUGGUGACACUUGGACAGAAACACUGGCCUAUGUUCUCUUCUGGGGAGUCGCAAGCGUUGGAACAUUUUUUAUUAUUCUUUACAACGGCAAAGAUUUUGUCGAUGCUCCCAGAUUGGUCCAGAAAGAAAAGAUAGACUGAGUUUGUGUCUGUGGAAAGCGGCUUGGCCUGGAAGACUCCAUCCUGCAGAACUGGAGUCUUUACUGACCCGCUUUCCACAGGAGCCGAGGUCUUAGGAAGCCUUUACCCCAGAGCACAUCUGUCUGUGCGGGGCGCUGACUUACCAUUGGUGAUCUGCCUGAUGAUCCUACUGUCGGACGCUGUGUUUAUAAUCUGAAGCUGUUCUGUAAUUCAAACAUAACCUGGAUUCAGCUCACGGACGGAAGGAAUCUGUCCAUUGUCAGUUUAAUCAACUAUUGGAGAAUAAGUAAUAUAUAUCAAAAAUCUAGCUUCUUUCAUUGUGUAAAACAGGCAUUGUUCGUCUAGCUCAGUUUCAUUAUCAUCACUAUGGAAGCAUUACUGUUGGCAAGCAUACUUUCCUACACAACUUCGGACUCCUUAAAGUUUAAUGUACGCUAACUCUGCUCUGCGUAUAAAGUGUAAGUCUUUUCCAUUCAUCAAGGAGCUUGACAACACAGCCAGGACUUCGCGGUGGGAAGAGAAGGGGCCGUGUACCUGGGUGUCUCCGUGGGGCUGCCUUAGGAGCUCAGCUUUAAGUGUGAUGGAAAUUUCAGGUACGCUGUACCUUUUUUAAAGGGUAUAAAUGAAAUCAAAGAUUGUAAAGUCUCUCUCUUAUGCUAAUGGUCCAAAGCCACCUCUGUUUUUAGGACUACCCUUGGCUGCUCAGCUGCUUCCUCCCGGACCCUUCAAGGCAACGUGGGCCUCUGAGAGGCUUGUCCGGGGUCAGUGGUGUCGGAGGUACUGUUGGGAUGCUUCCCCUUUAAAGCCUCUGUUAGCCAUCAAUAGAAUAGUGUAUAUAAGAUGUAGUGCUUCCAGGUAGCACAGUUCUUCAAAUCAAGGACCAACUUCAGCUCUAAUUUAUGUAUAAAAACCUGAAAACCAUGCUUUAGAGGCUGUGCAGAGGUCUAAGUCAGACUAUAUAUUCAAACUGUAAUUAUGAGGUUUAAAUGGUAGGAAAGUAUGUAAGGUAGUACAGUUGCCACCUUCUUAAAACAGCUCAGUUAAAUAUGCGACCAUGUGUGUUAUGCUUGAAAACAUGUGCAGUUCUUUCAAUAGUAAUCUUGUUCUCCUUAAAUAUCUCUAAAAGCGCCUUUUUCAACAUCACCUUUUAUAAACAUUAGUAAGUUACUACUUUUAGAAACUAAAGAAAGUAACAGCUGGCAAACCUUCUGUAGCAUAAAAUCAGUCAUUAAAACUCACAAUAGGGAAAGUAAUUAGAACUACCUAUUCUUAACAUGUAAAUAAGCAGAAUUUGUUCCAAAGAUGAAAUGUUGAAACUUAGUUCAUGUCUACUGUACCCUGUUACUCGAAUGCUACUGGGUGUUUCACGUUGAGAGCUCAUUUCAUCUACAGCACAAACAGAGCUGACCCUGGUGUGGCUGCUUUGUGAUGAGUGGACUAAUGGUGGGCCGAUCAUAAGGUUCUACACUGCAGAACCCUACAAUGAUUUCACUUCCAAAUUCACGUACUGUACAUCCUGAGUGAAAAUAAAAUGUCAUAUUU